CAACAGAAGACGGUGAAACUACCGUGGAGGGCAGCAACAGAAGACGGUGAAACUACCGUGGAGGGCAGCAACAGAAGACUGUGAAACUACCGUGGAGGGCAGCAACAGAAGACUGUGAAGCUACCGUGGAGGGCAGCAACAGAAGACGGUGAAACUACCGUGGAGGGCAGCAACAGAAGACGGUGAAACUACCGUGGAGGGCAGCAACAGAAGACGGUGAAACUACCGUGGAGGGCAGCAACAGAAGACUGUGAAACUACCGUGGAGGGCAGCAACAGAAGACGGUGAAGCUACCGUGGAGGGCAGCAACAGAAGACCUUCUCAUGGCCUGCCAGUCUGUCUCCAUCAUCAACAUGGACGAGCAGGCCCUGCUGGGGCUCAACCCUAAUGCAGACGCCUGCUAUAGGCAGAAGGCGAUGGUGUAUUUUGAGCAGUUGAAGGAGUCCCAGGAUGCCUGGGAGGUGUGUGCAGAGGCCCUGGCUAAAGGCAUUUACAGAGACGACCAUGUGAAGUUCUUCUGUUUCCAAGUCCUGGAGCACCAGAUCAAGUACAGACAUGGAGGGCUCAGUCCUGCCCAGCAACAGCUGAUCAGAGAAACCCUGAUGAAGUGGCUACAGGGUCAGUUAAUGAACUCCCAACCAGAGAAGCCGUUCAUCCGUAACAAGGCAGCCCAGGUGUUUGCUCUGACCUUCGUGAUGGAGUACCUGACCCACUGGCCCAAGUUCUUCUUCGACCUGCUGUCUCUAGUGGGCCUGAACCCACAUGGGGUCGACGUCUACCUCAGAACACUGAUGGCUAUCGACGCUGAGGUGGUGGACAGAGAUAUCCUGCACUCCCCUGAGGAGGUUCGUAGGAACACAUUAAUAAAGGAUGGUAUGAGGGAGCAGGUCAUCCCCAGCCUGGUUGAGUCCUGGUACCAGAUCCUCGGGGCCUAUCAGCAGUCUCACCCUGAGAUCACCUGUCAAUGUCUGGAGGUAGUGGGGGCAUACGUCUCCUGGAUAGACCUCAGCCUCAUCGCCAACGACAGGUUUGUGAACCUGCUGCUGAGUCAGAUGUCUGUGGAGGACCUGAGAGAGGAGGCGUGUGACUGUCUGUUUGAGAUUGUCAAUAAAGGAAUGGACCCGACAGACAAGACCAAGCUGGUCGAGUCCCUCUGUCAGGUCCUGCAGUCGGCUGGCUUCUUCAACGUGGACCAGGAGGAGGAUGUGGACUUCCUGGCUAAGUUCUCCAGACUGGUGAACGGGAUGGGCCAGUCUCUGGUGCUGAGCUGGACCAAACUGGCCAAGGGGGGCGACGUGAAGGCAGCCGCCGAGGCGCUGAGUGCCCUCGAGACCAAGGUCCCUCUGCUCCUCCAGCUGCUGGUCCACGACGACGACGACAUCUCAGCCAACAUCGUAGGCUUCUGCUACGACUACCUGAACAUACUCAAACAGUUCCCGCUGCUGACAGACCAACAGAAGACUCACGUUGAGGACAUCAUGUUGGCCGUCAUGAAGAAACUAACUUAUGAUGAAGAGUACAACUUUGACAACGAGGGGGAGGAUGAAGCGAUGUUUGUAGAGUACAGGAAACAGUUGAAGAUGCUGUUGGACCGCCUGGCUCAGGUGUCUCCUGACCUGCUCCUGGACGCUGUAGGCAGAGUCUUCAACAACACCAUACAGCGAUGGCAGACGGCGUCCUUCAUGGAGGUGGAGGUGGCCAUCAGGCUGCUGUACAUGCUAGGAGAGGCUCUGCCUGCGUCUCACGGAGCUCACUUCUCUGGCGACACGGCCAAGACCUCCGCCCUGCAGGACAUGAUGAGAACGCUAGUCUCCUCUGGUCUCAGUGGUUACCAACACACGUCUGUGUCGCUGGAGUUCUUCGAGACGGUGGUUCGUUACGACAAGUUCUUCCUGGUUGAACCGCAGCACAUUCCCAACGUCCUGAUGUCCUUUCUGGACCAUCGGGGUCUGAGACACAGCAGUCCGAAGGUCCGUAGCAGAGUGGCCUACCUCUUCUCACGGUUCGUCAAGACACUGCAUAAACACAUGAACUCCUUCAUUGAAGACAUCCUGUCCAGGAUACAGGACCUGCUGGAGCUAGCUCCUCCUGAGAACGGUUUCCCUGCGCUGCUGACCAGCGAUGACCAGCUGUUUAUAUUUGAGACGGCGGGGGUGUUGAUCGUCCACGGAGAGAGUCCCGCGGACAGGAAGCAGGCUCUGAUGAGAUCCCUGCUGACCCCGUUGACCGACGCCUUCCGUCUGCUGCUGGCCAAACUGGCCUCGGAGAGGGAGGAGGAGAGGCAGGCUGCGCUGGCUGACUGUCUGAGUCAUGCUGUUGGCUUCGCUAGUCGUACCAGUAAGGCGUUCAGCAACAAGCAGACAGUGAAGCAGUGUGGAUGUACUGAAGUCUACAGAGACUGUCUGCAGACCUUCCUGCCUGCACUGAGCUGUCCUGUCCAGAGGGGGUCUCUGCGUAGCGCUGUCCGCUCCUUCCUGCACCGCAUGAUCAUCUGUCUCGAAGAAGAGGUCCUGCCCUUCGUCCCUGCGGCAUCGGAGCACAUGCUGAAGGACUGCGAGGCCAAGGACCUGCAGGAGUUUAUACCCCUCAUCAGUCAGAUCACCGCUAAGUUCAAGGACCAGGUGUCUCCGUUCCUACAGCAGGUGUUCAUGCCUCUGGUCCUGGCCAUCUUUGAGGUGUUGUGUCGACCUGCUGAGGACAACGACCAGGCAGCAGCUCUGGAGAAACACAUGCUACGUAGAAGCUACUUCACCUUCAUACAGACGAUAACCUCCAGUGGGAUGAACGAAGUCCUGGCCAACCAGGGUGUUGAGAACGUAGAGCGGGUUCUGUUCACCAUCAUCCAGGGAGCUGUCGUUCCCGACCCCAUCGCCCAGAAGACCUGCUUCAUCAUCUUGUCCAAGCUGGUGGAACUCUGGGGAGGUAAAGACGGUAUGGCUGGUUUCCCAGACUUCAUCUAUAAACACAUCGUCCCAGCAUGCUUCCUGGCUCCUCUCAAACCAUCCUUUGAUCUCACAGACGCUCAGACCGUCCUGACGUUGUCAGAGUGUGCUCUGACGUUGAAAACCAUUCAUCUCAGAAGGGGUCCGGAGUUUAUCCAGUACCUUCAACAGGAGUACCUCCCUUCUCUACAGGUGUCACCUGACAUCGCACAGGAAGUGUGUCAAGUGCUUCAGCAGCCAGACGCCAAGGUCCUCAAAAACUACAUGAAGGCUUUCUUUCAGCGAGCCAAACUGUAAAUACGAACCGAGCUGGAAGGAUUGAGAGAGGACACUGGAAACUAAGAGAAGACUGGUAGUGAGAUAGUACCACUCACUACGGACAGCCGGACAGAGAGAGAGACGGACGGAGAGCUUAGCAUAGGAGCGGCCUUAGCACUUCUGAAGGUAACUGCAUAACCCCGCCCAUCCUGUCCACGUGGGAGGGAACGGAGCCAAGACACAAGGACACGAGUGGUCAAGGAGGCUGACCACACCCCCCUCCACUGAUCCAGGCCCAAUCCAGGACCUGCUCUCCAUCUGGGGUGGCACCCUGGUCAAGUGAAGAUGUGAUUGGUUGGAUUCUCUGCAAGACAGGAAGUAAACUAGAGUAUUAGAGGAAGGCUUAUGGACCGAGGCUUCCAUAGUAGAAUACCAAGUAUCCUUUAACAGGCCUGAAGUCUGUCUGUUGGUAAAGAUCCAACAAUGACCUGAACACAAUCUAACGAUUAGAAUUUAUUCGUUUAUAAAAAAUGUUUUUUUUUUAAAUAAUUUUUUUCCGUUUUCAAGAUGUCUUUCAUUUGAGUGGUUGAACGUGGAGGUUUUGUGUCUCUUUGCCCUGUGAAUGAAUUGAUGGACUAAAUAAAAGGCUUGACAGAU